CAGCCCUAGGAGGGAGUAUCUAAAAACCAACUUCAACAGUCGUUCGUUAUUUUCUCCAUAUUCCCAAGGAAACAUCUGAAUCUGAAUUACCAAUUUCCAUCAUCCCCAUUUUCUCGUUCGUUCUUGUUCGAACAUUCUUCAAGAAAUGGUGACACACAAGAACAAUUUCUCACAUUAAUGCGUGCAUGAUCACCGAGGGAAACACCAUGGGUUCGUCACACCCUCCCCAUCCUCUCCAUUGUUCUUCAUCUUCUUCUGGGCAUUUGAUCAAAUACCUUGCUGGAUCUUCACCCUCUGAAUACCAUACAAAGCCAACAUGUACCCAGAUCCUUGUAGCCUCCUCCAUGGGAUUAAUCUUCGCUGCAGUCAUGCAUUUUCGUAUCAAGGAAAUCAGGGACCUGAAAAUUGUACCAAGAAUUAAACUCUCUGAUUCGGGGAAGAUACUCAAGUUUGAGAGGUUUCCUCAAUAUGUAGCUAGGCAAAUGGGAUUUGCAGACAAGAGAGAAUGCCCAACCUUAUGUAAAUUAGCUUCUGAUUAUAUAAGAAAAUCAGAAGGAUGUGAGGAAGAAAUAUAUAAUUUCUUUGCCACUGAAGCGGGUGCGGAUUCUCUCUUCAUAAAGCUUGUGGAAGAGCUUGAAAGAUUGAUCCUUAGUUACUUCGCAUUUCAUUGGAGCCAAGCUUCUAAUAUGAUCAGUCAGGUUUUGAAUGCUGCUGAUCAUACUGAGCCAAAGAAGAAGCUGAAGAACAUUGUCAUGGCAGCUACUAGAGAGCAGAGAUUUGAGAGGGUGACCAAGAAUCUAAAGGUUGCAAGAGUCUUUACAACCUUAGUUGAGGAGAUGAAAGCCAUAGGACUUGUUGGUGCUGACGAUUCGCAAUGCACAGAUGUGAUGGUUCCUAUGGCUCACAAGGACAGGAGCCCUGUGCUUCUCUUCAUGGGUGGUGGCAUGGGAGCAGGGAAAAGCACUGUGCUCAAGGACAUCCUAAAAGAACCUUUCUGGGUUGGAGCAGCUGGGAAUGCUGUUAUUAUAGAGGCAGAUGCCUUCAAAGAAACCGAUGUGAUCUACAAAGCUCUUAGUUCCAGGGGCCAUCAUGACAUGCUUCAAACAGCAGAAUUGGUGCAUCAAUCAUCAACGGAUGCAGCAUCAUCUCUGCUUGUAACUGCACUGAAUGAAGGACGGGAUGUGAUCAUGGAUGGCACACUUUCUUGGAUACCGUUUGUGGUACAGACAAUAACAAUGGCUAGAAAUGUUCACCGGUACCGUUAUAGGAUGGGAGCUGGCUACAGAGUUGAAGAUGACGGAACUGUGACUGAGAAUUACUGGGAAAGGAUUGACGAAGAGCCCAACGACCCUGUUGAUGGGGUUAAAAAGAGAAGGGCUUACAGAAUAGAAUUGGUAGGAGUUGUCUGUGAUGCUUAUUUAGCUGUUAUUCGAGGAAUCAGGAGAGCUAUCAUGUGUAGAAGAGCUGUGAGAGUAAAUUCACAGCUGAAGUCUCACAAGAGGUUUGCAAAUGCAUUUACAACAUACUGCAACUUAGUAGAUAAUGCCAGACUUUACAGCACAAAUGCUCUUGAAGGCCCUCCCAAAUUGAUAGGGUGGAAGGACAGGGACAAGACUUUACUGGUUGAUCCAGAUGAGAUAAAUGUGUUGAAAGUGGUAGGGAGAUUGAACGAGGAUGCGGACUCGAUAUGCAGCCUGUAUAACCACCCUCACCCAGCAUACCAGAGAGGUUCAUUUUGGAAAGACAUUGUGUUGUCACCUUCAAGGUUGAACAUUCAAAAGGAGCUCAAGUGCACCAUCAAGAAAAUUGAACGAUUUAUUCAUCAUCAUCAUGGCUAGUCUUUUUUUUUUUUUGAAUAUAUAAAAUUUUGUCACUAUGAGAGGAAUGAAGGGGAAUUUUGAUCCAUCAAAUGUUCAUAAUUUUUUUUAUUGCAAUGUAGCCUGUUGUGGUUGUCAAAUAUGGUUUAUAGUCUACUCCCUCAAAGCAUUCAAAAGUGGUCAUUUUGUUCUGUCAUGCCCAAUCUGGUUCUUUAAUACCCAAACGCGUCCUACUCGGACACUGACAUUGUUUUUAUAACAAUAUAUAUUCUUCUUAUUUCUUAAAACAAAAUCAACAAAAACUAAAAGUAAGCUUGAAUAAAGCUAGGUCAUAAAA